ACGCCACUCCGGGGCGGGGGGGGGGAGAGGUGGGCGUUCGGGUCCCGUUCUCCCCGGCGCGGAGAAAGGAGGGUGUGAGAGAGGAGCGUGAAGAGAAAGAAAGAGCAAGAGAGCGCGAGAGCGAGCGAGCGAGCGCGCGCCCACGGCGGCCAGCUGUCCAGCGAGGGUCUGCUUCUCUCUCUCUCCGUCUCGCGCCAGCGAUGGAAGAAUUAAUAGUUGAACUGCAAUUGUUCCUUCAACUUCUGGACCAUGAAUACUUGACAUCCACAGUCAGGGAGAAAAAAGCAGUUUUAACUAACAUUCUUCUGAGAAUACAGUCAUCAAAAGAUUUUGACCUGAAAGAAAAUGUGCAGAAACAAGAAGUUGGCAAUAGUUUACCAGCUCCUCCCCAGAUGCCUCUGCCAGAGAUUCCUCAACAAUGGUUGCCACCAGAUAAUGGCCCUCCCCCACUGCCUGCCUCAUCUCUUCCUGAAGGAUACUAUGAAGAGGCCGUACCACUCAGUCCAGGGAAGGCUCCUGAGUAUAUUACAUCCAAUUAUGAUUCCGAUGCUAUGAGCAGCUCUUAUGAGUCUUAUGACGAAGAGGAUGAGGAUGGGAAAGGGAAAAAAACGAGACACCAGUGGCCUUCUGAGGAAGCAUCCAUGGACCUUGUUAAGGAUGCCAAAAUCUGUGCCUUCCUUUUAAGAAAGAAGCGAUUUGGACAGUGGACAAAACUGUUGUGUGUGAUCAAAGACAACAAACUAUUGUGCUAUAAAAGUUCCAAGGACCAGCAGCCUCAGAUGGAGCUAUUGUUGAGUGGCUGCAGUAUUAUAUAUAUCCCCAAAGAUAGUAAAAAAAAGAAGCAUGAACUAAAAAUCACACAUCAAGGGCAAGAUGCUCUCGUUCUUGCUGUGCAGAGCAAGGAGCAGGCAGAUCAGUGGCUAAAGAUAAUAAAGGAAGUUUGCAGCAACUGUGUUGGUACUACAGAUUCAGAUGGACCGUCAUCUAAUUCUCCUGUACACAAGACUGAACUAGAAAAGAAAUUGUCCUCAGAAAGACCGAGUUCUGAUGGAGAGGGUACUGUAGAAAAUGGAAUAGCUGCCGUCUGUAAUGGAAAAGAGCAGGUAAAAAGGAAAAAAAGCUCAAAGACAGAUUCCAAAAGCACUGUGUCUAAAGUAACAGGAAAGAAGAUAACAAAGAUAAUUGGCUUAGGAAAGAAGAAACCCUCCACAGAUGAGCAAACCUCAUCAGCUGAAGAAGAUAUCCCAACAUGUGGGUACCUUAAUGUGCUGUCAAAUAACCGUUGGCGUGAGCGCUGGUGCAGAGUGAAGGAUAAUAAGCUCAUUUUCCACAAAGACAGAACGGAUCUAAAGACACAUAUUGUCUCUAUCCCUCUCCGCGGGUGUGAAGUUAUUCCGGGAUUGGACUCCAAGCAUCCCCUGACUUUCCGCCUGCUUCGAAAUGCACAGGAGGUUGCAGUCUUAGAGGCUUCAUCCUCAGAAGACAUGGGCAGGUGGAUUGGGAUUUUGCUGGCUGAAAGUGGCUCCUCUGCAGAUCCUGGCACUCUGCACUAUGACUACAUUGAUGUGGACAUAACAGCAAGUGUCAUUCAAGCUGCAAAGCAGACCUUCUGUUUUAUGAACAGACGGGUUCUCUCUACUAAUCCUUAUCGAGGAAAUCCUACCAAUGGCUACGCAUGUCCCAGUGGAAUGGCACUUCAUUAUGACGAUGUUCCUUGCAUAAAUGGAUCAGUAAGAAUUGAUUUUUGUUGGGAACCAGAAGAUGGCUUUCCUACUUCUCGUAGCAGAAACACAGGAGAAGAUGGGCUUUAUGAUAACAUGGGCCUGUAUGAUAAUUUGCCGUCUCCGAAAAUCUUUGCACGCUGUCCAUCGGCUGACAGAAAAACCAAUAGGUUAUCUACUGACAAAUUGUCUUCUAACCACUAUAAACACCCUGUCUCAUCCAAUCUGUCUUCUGCUCAGUCUGUCACUAAUCCUUCUGCUGUGGGGAGGGGAUCAGUCUCGCAGUUUAAAGGAAAGAAAGCUUCCACAGCUACAAAUGGAGUUGUGGGAAAAGGAAGAACAUUAACCAACCCACAGAAGAAAUCGGAAUUUUCUUCAAAUGUGAAACGCAGCACCUCCAAUGCAGACCAGUACAGAUAUGGCAAGAACCGAGUUGAAGCUGAUGCAAAGAAGUUACAGACCAAAGAGGACGAGCUGUUAAAGAAAAAAGAAGCUCUGAGAAAUCGCCUGGCUCAGCUUCGAAAAGAAAGGAAGGACCUUCGGGCAGCACUUGAAGCAAAUGCCGGAAGGAAACCUCUCAUUAUCCUUGAAGAUAAAUUAAAGAAGCUGGAAGAAGAGUGCAAGUUGAAAGAGUCUGAACGUGUUAGUCUAGAACUGGAGUUGACAGAGGUGAAAGAGAACCUGAAGAAAGCAUUGGCUGGUGGCAUCACGCUGGGACUGGCAAUUGAACCCAAAUCAGGAAGUUCAACUGCACAGUCUCCCGUUCUAAAGCAUCAGACCCUGGAGAAUUCACCCAUUUCCAGCUGUGAUACAAGUGAUACUGAAACUUCUGUGCCUGUGAACAGUGCUGUUGUCAUGAAAAGACAUUCCUCGUCGAGCAGUUCCCCAUGUAGAGGCCAUGUCCUUCAGAAAGCAAAAGAGUGGGAGCUGAAAAAUGGAACAUAGAGAUGUAAAACAUCCUGCUGUAAAGUCCUGUUUGGUAUGACUCAAGAUGGACUGAGAAAGGGUUUCCGCACAGUGGUAUAAAGAGUUUGUCAAUCUCAUUCAGUUAAUGGCCAAUAAGUCUAGUACAGCCAAGAGGAAGAUUGCCUUGAAUGUGUCAUAUUUUUAAGAGUGACAUUCGAUUUGGAAUACAGGCAGUCCCUGAGUUACAAACAUCCGACUUACAAAUGACUCAUAGUUAAGAACAUGGGUGAGACAACAGGAAGUGAGAGAAAUCUACCCCUUGGAAGGGAAAUUCACUCCUAGAAGAGUUAUCAUGGAGAAAAGGGGUCUCUGCUGAAGCUUUCCAACCAAUCUUAGUUUCCACAACAAGCCACAGUUUUCAAAAUCCAAUUCUCACAGGGACAGAAAGUGAGGUGAAAUCUUCUGAACAAGGGCACAGAGUGCAAAACAAACACCGCAGGGGGUGGUAACCUUUCCCUAUGCUAUCCAAAGCUAAAAUAGACAUAUUUUUGGCUGCGGUUGCACUUAAAAAAUGCACCUGUUCCAAUUUACAAACAAAUUCAACUGAAGAACUUAUCUUGUUCGUAACUUGGGGAUUGCCUGUAUUGAAGAAUAAAAGGAACAUUUGAAAUGAUUACGUAGCUGGAUCAAGUAAAACUAGCACUAGCAACCGUGUUAGAUGGAGAUUGGCAUGUUUCAAUACACAUUUGAAAUAGUUUUAGAUAGCUUUAAUAGUUUGAUUUGAAAACAAAGGUUGACUCCCUAUAGAAGUUGCUGGAAAAACGUGGGGAGUGAACAUUUUGUGACAUUCAGUAAGUCUUUAUGAGUUCUAUAUGGGAGAAGAAUGGAAAGCUGUGGCCAUUGCUGAGGUUGCACACCUUCUGUUUUUCACAGCGAUCAGCAACUAGAGGAUGACAAAAUGCAUCUGGGAAGCAGCCUCGGUACUAUCAGAAGAAUCAUUCCAGUUGCAAAUAUAAAGGACUGCCAUUGUGUUGAACUAUUGUUUUUAAAGAUAUUUUUAUUUAUUUAUUCUCAUUUUUAAAUUGUUUUUGAAUGCUCAAUAGCAACAGAUAUGACUUCAGAAGUAACUACACAGAAAAAGAGCACACAUUUGUGACUUCCCCCUUAAAAUCCCCAUCUGUGACAUCUGUCUUUUUGAGAGGGAUCUGUGGAAAGAAAAUAUUAAAUAACCCAAGGACCAAUUUAAGCAUUGAUACAUUUCAAAACUCUCCAAGAAAAAGAUGUCAUUAUUGAUGUUUCCUAUCCUUCUACAUUUCUGAGAGAACUACUUUCACUGCUAAGCGGCAAAGUUCUUUCAACCAGCAAUGAAUUUCUGGAACAGAUCAAAAUGUUCUAUUAUUAUGACACCUAUACAACUGUUACCUUUAGUGAUCUCUGUUGAAAUGAUAUGUAUCUGUUUAUUUAUGGUUAUUUUCUAAUUUGUAUAAGAAAAAUAAUGAACUUUUUCCUGCUGUAUCAUAGGGACCAUGAAUGAGCUAUGAACCAGGAAGUCUCCAGUUGAAAUUCCUUAGAGUACUCACUGGGUGGUCACAGGCAAGGCACAGUGUCUUAGAUUCAAUUUCCGAUCUGCAAUAUGGGGGAAAAAAGAAUAUAAUACCGGCCUAUUUUGCAGGGUUAUUGUAAGGAUUACUGCGAUAAUGUUUAUGAAGUGCUUUGACUGUUUGAAACAGGUUGUAUAAAUGUUCACCCUCCUUCUGCACCUCCCAAAGAAACAUGGGACGUAAUUUUAAAUUGUUGUCUUUUAACACUACCAAUUUUUAUGUGACCUGAUGAAAACACAGAGGUCCCGGUGCAUGGGCUGCUCCAGUAUCAUCACACUUCUGGCAUCAGAUGCAAAAAAGAGUCAUCCUGCCCUGAACAUUAGGUCCAUUCUGAGAGAAGGCUCCAAGUUGGUCUUUCUCAACUUUCUUUCCUGACUUCAGAUAGAGCCAGGAUAGGGAAGCUGAGUUUGCAGGGCUGUUGUCCCAUCCUUUCUGUCUUGGUUACACACAAAUAUUAAGAAGGCCUGGAUGUUGGCAGAGGAAGGGGCCUUGCCAUCUCUCUGGGGAUUGACAGAUCUCAGGUUAGGAUAUGGGAUUUGUCCACUGCUCAGUUCAGGGAGAAUCCUUAGGCCUUUGGCCUACCACUCUGGGGAGGUUGAGACAACAAGCAAGAUCGGCAUAGUCCUCCAGCACCAAGGACUCCAGCUUAUAUUGAAGAUGGAAGUCCAGUCUCACACUCUACCACCAUUGUAAUAAUUUCUUCUGUGCCCUUCUAGGUCACAUGCAAAAGCAAGCAGUUUUUACAGGGGUGAGUUAGAUAGGCCCACAAAGGCUGCAUUUUUAAAGCAACCAAUAACUGGAAAGUGAGAAUGGGUGACAUUGCUGUUCACGAGUUGUUGUUUUUUU